UAGAAUUUCUAAACAUAUUUGUAUUAAACCCUUUGGACGUAUCAGACAUCAAAAUUUCUCCACCUUGGUCAUAUUACCAUAGCUCACUAGGUGACUUUGCUAUUUAGCCGCUUCAGUUUCUUCUCCAACAAAGAUACCACGACCAAAUCUACAGAUCUUGUGCGGGCAUUUUCUGGAAAGGUGCUUGUUAUUGGUUCCUUUUGAAGGGUUCUUGGAGCUUGAGGUGCUUAUUAAGGGUUUGCGACUGAUUUCUCUUUUUCAAGCUACAGGUACAGACGCACAGUUUGGUGAUCUACCCAUUUAGGACACCCUAUUCUGCUGUUUGGAGUGCUCUUCUCAUUUCAGAGCACACAUUUUGGCAUUACUUGAUAUUCAUGAUGCAACGAGAGUCUUUAAGACUAAAGAAUAAAGCAACAAGAACAACUGUUCCAGCUGGAGCACUUACAUCUUUGGCAAACCAAAAAAAGUUGUUGUGGCCAGAAAAAUAACUGUCCCAACUAAUUCUAAACGGUCAAUUGAAGAGCAUCAACUUUUGACAAAUGCAAGAGAAGAACAUCAGCUACUAGUGCCACAACAACUAGAGGCACGAAGCCAUAUACAAACUGAGUCAACCAUCCUUACAACACAAUCCGUAGAGGCACAAAUGGAAUUGAAUUCUACUACUCUUGCAGGAAAUGAACAAUGUGAUGAACAAGGCUCUUCCACUCAAAAAAGAAAAAGAGGUAAAACAAAGAUGGUAAGCGUACACGGAAGACAUGAACGUAAAUUGAUUGUACUCAAUAAGCUCGGUCAACCUAUUAGUCCUACUAAAGAUGAUAUGACAGAGUUGAGUAGCUUUCUCGGUACAUUGGCAAGAAAUGCGACCCUUUGUCCUCUUGAUGUAGAAGAUUGGAAGAAAAUGGACACAAAAAAGGAUUUGUGGGAUUAUACCAAGGAGAAAUAUGAUAUUCCUAAGAUUGCAAAAAAAUGGACAUUGGGAGUAAUUCAAGGUGCUUGGAGAAGGCGUAAGCAUGAUUUGAAAAUAGAUCACUUUGAUCCCUAUGCUAAUGACGAAAUUCGAAUGGAAAAGAGGCCUGAUGAUGUUCCAACAUCUCAGUUUAAGGAACUUCUCAAAUAUUGGAACUCGAAAAAUAUUCCAGAAAGUUGAUGCUAAAAUUCAUAGAUUUUAUCGCAGUAAGACCUGCUAAAGUUGUUUUGGAACUCGGAAAAAUUCCAGAAAGUUGAUGCUAAAAUUCAUAGAUUUUAUCGCAGUAAGACCUGCUAAAGUUGUUUUGGAACUCGGAAAAAUUCCAG